UUUCGUGUAUGAGUUUGGCAUGUCAGUGUUUGCUGCGAGGUCAUCGUUUGUAUGGUAAUCCCCUGUCGCGUGUCAUUCAGCGGAGGAAAAUCAGUCUGUCCAGACACCUGUUGCAAAUCGACUACUACAAUGUGCUGGGUGUGAACAGAAGUUCAUCUGAGAAAGAUAUCAAAAAGGCGUACUACGACCUGGCCAAAAAGUACCAUCCAGAUGUGAACAAAUCUGCAGACGCUGCAAAAAAAUUCUCACAGAUUUCGGAAGCGUAUGAAGUGCUUAGUGACUCAAACAAACGCAGACAGUUUGAUUCUUAUGGAUCCACGAGGUCUUCGGGUUCUUCCUAUGGACCAUCUGCAUCAAAAUCAGGCUUCAAGACAUCCACUCGCGGUCCCAUCGACCAAAAUUACUCUUGGAGUUACACUUCAUCAAUGGAUCCUGAAGAGUUAUUUCGCUCUGUAUUUGGAAAUUUUGGCUCUGCCAGGGCUUCUGGUAGCUCAAUUUUUGACUCGAUUAUAAAUGCAAUGUACAACGAACCAAAACACUAUCAACUCACUGUUGAUUUUCUGGAAGCAGUCCAAGGAGUCACGAAGAGUUUCCAGAUUGACGAGGCGGCUUCAUGUAGUACAUGCGGAGGUAGAGGAGCCGUUGCUUCUGGACGCAGUUGUAGUACAUGUAAUGGAUCCGGGCAGAUUUUGAGACGAUUUGGCGGGAUGCAAGUGCACAGCACCUGCUCUAAAUGCGGUGGUUCCGGAGGUGAAGUCUCUGGUUGUCCUACUUGUAAUGGUCAGGGAUACACUAAUAUACAGCGGAAUGUUGACAUUAAGGUGCCACCGGGUAUCGAGGACGGUCAUGUGAUGAGACUCCAACAGGGGAACCAGGAGUACCACGUGACUAUUAGAAUCGCUCCCAGUGCCAUUUUCGCUCGGGAUGGCUCGGAUGUGAGAAGCAAGCUGCAGAUCAGCAUACCGCAGGCAGUUCUGGGUGGACAUGUCACGACGCAGGGUCUCUAUCGACAUCUCAAAGUGAUCAUUCCGAGAGGCUCCUCAUCUCACCAAACUAUCAGGAUGAAAGGCGAGGGAAUCAAGAGACAAAACUCUUACGGCAAAGGCGAUCACCUGAUAGAACUAGUCGUUAAAUCGCCCAGUCGGGUUUCAUCCAAUCAGAGAGCGAUUUUAGAGGUGUUUGCAAAAGAGGACCCAGACUAUAGUGGCGAAGUAGAAGGCAUCAAUUUUGAAAAAUCGUCACGAAGUAGUUCAAAUAGAAGUGACUUCAAUGCAGAAAAUGUUUCAGACGAAGAUUUGAUAUCGAGGUUACAGAAAAUUGUUAAGGCCAACAACCCGGUGAAACGAAUUUACGAAGAAAUGAUUGCUGUGAUUAGAGAUGUUUUUGAAUUUUUAUUUUCUCGCAAAAAAUGAAAUUUACAAGUCAAAAUAUAAUUUGAGUAUUGCAAA